ACAAACGUGCGCGGAAAAAGGCAAAAAAGGUUGUAAAAAGUGCAGAAUUUUAACAUUUCCAGCAUUUUUCGUCCGCUAUACGAACAACCUCAUCUUUCGUCGUUGGAAAAGUAAGCAGUGAAAGGGCGAGACGCUUGGAAAACCGCGAAAAGAUCCAUAAAAGACUCAUAACAGAAAUGAGCGUGACUUUACACACGGACGUUGGAGACAUCAAGAUCGAACUGUUCUGCGACGAUUGCCCCAAAACCUGCGAAAACUUCCUGGCUUUGUGUGCCAGCAAUUACUACAACGGAAGCCUUUUCCACAGAAACAUCAAGGGAUUCAUCGUCCAAACUGGGGAUCCUACUGGAACCGGCAAGGGCGGGCUGUCGAUAUGGGGCAGAAAAUUUGAGGACGAAUUCAAGGAGAGCAUCAAACACAACGAGCGCGGCAUGGUUUCGAUGGCCAACAGCGGACCGAACACGAACGGAAGCCAGUUCUUUUUCACUUACGCUGCCCAGCCUGCGCUAGAUCUUAAGUACACUCUGUUUGGAAAAGUUAUAGACGGGUUUGAGGCUUUGGAUGAGCUGGAAAAAUUGACCGUAAAUCCCAAAACGUAUCGCCCGUUGGUGGAGAAGAAAAUCAAUAGCGUUACGAUACAUGCAAAUCCUUUAGCCGGAUAGUUUCAUUCUUAUGAUUACGAUUUAGGAUACAUAAAAUGAUUUUCGUUCAAAUCGUU